GGGAAGAACGGUGCCUGCAACGUGGCCCAUAAAAACAUCCGGGAGCAGGGACGGUUUCUCCAGGACGUCUUCACCACCCUGGUGGACCUCAAGUGGCACCACACUCUGCUUAUCUUCACCAUGUCCUUCCUUUGCAGCUGGCUGCUCUUCGGCAUGGUGUGGUGGGUCAUGGCCCUCCGCCACGGAGGCCAGGACUUUGACCCCAGAGAGGGGCUGGAAGGGGCCCCGGCCAGCUUUGUGCCCUGCGUGACCAGCAUUCACUCCUUCACCUCUGCCUUCCUCUUCUCCAUUGAGGUGCAGGUGACGAUUGGCUUUGGGGGACGCAUGGUGACGGAGGAGUGCCCCGCCGCCAUCCUGGUGCUGAUUGUGCAGAACAUCGUGGGGCUGGUGAUCAAUGCCAUCAUGCUGGGCUGCAUCUUCAUGAAGACCUCGCAGGCCCACCGCCGAGCCGAGACCCUCAUCUUCAGCAAGCACGCAGUCAUCGCCCUGCGGGAGGGCAAGCUCUGCUUCAUGCUGCGGGUGGGGGACCUCCGGAAGAGCAUGAUCAUCAGCGCCACCAUCCGCAUGCAGGUGGUGAAGAAGACCACCAGCCUGGAGGGGGAGGUGGUGCCCCUCAACCAGAUAGACAUACAGAUGGAGAACCCUGUGGGGGGCAACAGCAUCUUCCUCGUCUCCCCACUCAUCAUCUACCACGUGAUAGACAAGAACAGUCCCCUCUACGACAUCUCCCCAGUGAACCUUCACCAUCAUGAGGACCUGGAGAUCAUCGUCAUCUUGGAAGGGGUGGUGGAGACCACUGGCAUCACCACUCAAGCCAGAACCUCCUACCUGGCAGAUGAAAUUCUCUGGGGCCAAAGGUUUGUGCCCAUUGUGGCAGAGGAAGAUGGGCGAUACUCUGUGGACUACUCUAAAUUUGGCAACACAGUGAAAGUGCCCACCCCUUCGUGCACUGCUAGGCAGCUGGAGGAGGACAAGAGCAUUAUGGACACCAUGCCGUUGUCCCCUAAAGGCACAAUAAGGAAGAGGUCUGUGAAGCUAAAGCCCAAGUUUACCAUAAGCGAUGAGCCUUCCUGAUGCCUUUUGACUGGGAAACUCUGUUAGGGCUUUGUGUCUGAAAGAUCCCAUAAACUCAAAACACUGAGGUGGCCUCUUACUUUUUUUUAAAUUCAGGUUGGUAGCACAAGGUAUGUUCUGGUGUUAUUUAUUGUGGGAUAAAUCUAAAGCUAAUUCUAUUUUUUUAAGUGUGAGAGAUUUCAAGGAGCACUGGGAGUAGGGAAAACAUGAUCUGCAGCUUUAAAUUUCAGUUGAGACUUGUAUUUAAUUGCACGAUCAUUUUGCAUUGAUUGAUCUACAGUUAAUGACAUAUUUUCUCAGAAAAAAUAUGUAUAUUUAUGCUCAGAGUUUGCAGUACUUAGGGUCUUGCAGUGUCUUCAAGUCAGUAGUUUUUAACUCUUUUUUUCUAACUUGAACAAUCAAUAGAGCAAAAUAAAACAUGAAUAAUUAAUAAAGCAGGCUGGAUUUAAAUGAUAACAAAAGGGUCAGGCAAUGUUAUGUGUGAUACAAGACCAGAUCUGGAAAUGUCUACGUAUUAUGUUCUUUAGGUCUCAAAGAAAUUAACUGCCAAAUUUGCUUCAUCCACAUUGUAUGGAGCCAUUCCUAUCACAUGCAAUAUGAAAUGUAGUUGAAUAUCUGCUUUUGUUUAUAUUAUAACUCUUUACAGUUCCAAAAGAAAACAUUCAGGAAUA